AAGGCAGUCUGACAGUAUGGCGGCGGGGUGCAGCUGGAAGGAUGCUACUGUCGCCCGUGAUGCGUCUGUCGCCGGCAGGACGUGAAUGGACCUUUGACGGCAGAGAGAACAGAGGACCCAGCGCGAAAGGCCUGUCGCCGUGAGCUCCGAAGAUGGCCAGGCUCGCCGACUACUUCUUAGUGGUCGGCUACGACCUCGACAAGCGAGUGGAGGGUGAAGGUCAAGGUCGCAUUCUCCAGCGGUUUCCUGAGAAAGACUGGGAGGACAGCCCAUUCCCACAAGGCAUAGAGCUGUUCUGUCAGCCCAGCGGUUGGCAGUUGGUUCCUGAGCGGCAGCCGGCUUCCUUCUUUGUAGCGGUUUUGACGGACAUCAACUCGGAGCGUCACUACUGUGCCUGCUUCACCUUCUGGGAGUGCCUGGACAACCCGCAGCUGCAGAAGGCUGAGGCCAACGAGCUGGAUGAGGUAGAUGAAGAUUUGGCCGUCGUCCAGGCAGCAAAGGUCUUUGCCCCGAAGAGCCUGGUGCUGGUGUCCCGACUAGACUACACCGAGGUGUUCAGGAACUGUCUGGGUCUGGUCUACACAAUCUACGUAGAUGGCCUGUCUGCCCCUUUGGAAACGGUGGUCGGGAAUCUCCUCACCUGUGUCAUCCCCAUUGCUGGAGGCUCCCAGACAGAUGAGUCCCCAGUAUGUAGUUUAGAAAAGGUUCCUCAGGCCCUGGCCUGUGACUGGCUGCUGGCCUGUCUCCAGCCGGGCCAGGAGGAGAGAGAGGAGAGAUUGCGGACGAUAACGUUAGGUGCUGGCGACCGGCAAGUUGUCCAGACUCCCAUCAAUGACGCGCUCCCUGUCAGCGGCAGCACCGUGGCCCAGCUCUUCAGACAGCUUGGUAUAGUCAACGUGUUGUAUCUGCUAUGCGCUGCCCUGACGGAACACAAGAUCCUGUUCCUGUCCAACAGCUACCAGAGACUCACGGACGCCUGCCGCGGACUGUUGGCCAUCAUGUUCCCCCUCAAAUACUGCUUCACCUACGUUCCAAUCCUACCUGGAAAACUAAUAGAGGUCCUAAGCACUCCCACUCCCUUCAUCAUCGGUGUAAAUUCGUUCUUCCGCUCCGAAACACAAGAGCUUUUGGAUGUGAUUGUUGCCGACCUGGACGGUGGUACGGUGACCAUUCCCGAGUGUGUGCACAUCUCCCUGCUGCCUGAACCACUCCUUCAGCAGACACAGACUGUGCUGGCAAUGAUUUUGGAUCCAGAGCUGGAAAUUGCUGAUCAUGCCUUUCCCCCGGCCUCUUCGCAACCCUCUGCACUUAAGAUCCAGGAUAAGGAGAUCCGUGCAGUUUUCCUGUGGGUGUUCGCUCGGCUCUUCCAGGGCUACCGCUGGUGUCUACACAUCAUUCGCAUUCACCCUGAACCAGUGAUCCGCUUCCACAAGGCGGCCUUCCUGGGUCAGAGAUCGCUGACGGAGGACGACUUCCUGAUGAAGGUGUUGGACGGCAUGGCGUUUGCAGGUUUCGUGUCAGAGAGGGGGCCUCCUUACAGAGCCAAUGACCUAUUUGAUGAUCUGGUAGCCAAUGAGGUGGAGCGGAUACGACAAGAGGAGACGUGUCCACACAAAGUCAUGAACCACGUCAAGGAGCUCGCUGAGCAGCUCUUCAAAAACGAGAAUCCAUACCCCGCAGUGGCGAUGCGCAAUGUCCAGCGGCCGACAGAAAACCGACAGAACGAGCCACCGAAUAAGCCGCCCUUUCCUGGGCUGGACGACGUUGCAGUGCAGCUCUUCAUCGACCACGCUACUGCCAAGCUGAAGAAUGCCCCUCCCGUGGUCAAGGUGGAGCUCAAGGCCAUGGUACCGUCCGGGCCACCACUGGGAGACACUGUGGAUAGAAACGGAAACGUGAUGGCCAACAGCGCCCGCAGGCUGGAGGUGGUCAGGAACUGCAUCACGUACAUCUUUGAGAACAAGAUGCUGGAGGCAAAGAAGCUGAUGCCAGCUGUACUUCGGGCCUUGAAGGGACGGGCAGCCCGGAUUUGUCUGACCCAGGAGCUCAAUCAGCAUGUCCUGCAGAACCGAGCUGUGCUGGAUGACCAGCAGUUUGACUACAUAGUUCGCAUGUUGAACUGCACCUUACAGGACUGUUCACACAUGGAUGAACAUGGCAUCGCAGCUGCCCUGCUCCCAUUGGUCACAGCCUUCUGCAGAAAACUCGGCGCAGGCAUCACUCAGUUUGCCUACAGCUGUGUACAGGAGCACAUGGUGUGGACCACCAUGCAGUUCUGGGAGGCCAUGUUCUACAGUGACGUCCAGAACCACAUCAGGGCUCUGUACCUGGAAUCAGAGGAUGGAGAGCAGCAUAAGAACCUGGAGCAGCAGGACGGCUCGGGUGAUGGCAGGGAAAUCAGCGCCCUGGACCUGGCGUCGGAGCAGAACAGGCUGUGGCCGACACUUAGCAAGGAGAUGCAGACGGAGCGAGUACAGAAGGAGGAGAGCACCGUGUUCAGCCAGGCCAUCCACUACGCCAACAGGAUGAGCUACCUGCUCCUGCCGCUGGACACCAGCAAGAACCGACUGCUGAGGAACACGGGCUUCGCAGACGUGGAGAGCGUUAGCAACAGCUACGUCACAAACAGUAUUGCGGGCAGCAUGGCGGAGAGCUACGACACCGAGAGCGGCUUCGAAGACGCAGAGAGCUCAGACGUGGCCAACUCUGUGGUGCGCUUCAUCAACCGCUUUGUCGACAAAGUGUGCAAUGAGAGCGGCGUCACCAACGAGCACCUUAAGGCCCUCCACACCAUGAUACCAGAUAUUGUUCAGAUGCACAUUGAGACGUUGGACGCAGUCCACAGGGAGAGUAAGAGACUGCCUCCAAUCCAAAAGCCUAAGCUGCUGAGGCCGAUUCUGUUGCCGGGUGAGGAGCUGGUGAUGGAGGGCAUGCGGGUCCACCUGAUUCCCGACGGCCGCGAGGAGGCCACAGGGAUCAUGGGAGGUCCACCUCUGCUUCCUGCCGAGGGUGCCAUCUUCCUCACCACCUACCGACUCAUCUUCAAGGGCACGCCUACAGACCCACUGGUGGGUGAACAAGUGAUCACUCGCUCGUUCCCCAUCGCCUCUCUGACCAAGGAGAAGAGGAUCUCAGUCACUAUACCCAUGGACCAGUUUGUCCAGGAGGGACUUCAGCUACGCUCCUGCACCUUCCAGCUCAUGAAGAUUGCGUUUGAUGAGGAGGUUGCGUCCGACCUGGCGGAGGUUUUCAGGAAGCACAUGCACAAGCUGCGGUAUCCUCAGCACGUCCAGGGCACGUUUGCCUUCACUGUGGGUCAGAGUGGGAAAAUGGUGGUGGAGCACAAGACCAAGGACAAGAACCAAUCGCUCAAGACACUUUCCAAGAACCUGGUGAAAAGUGCCAAAAGGACCAUAGGUCGGCAGUAUGUGACCAGGAAGAAGUAUUCUCCGCCCACCUGGGAGAACAGGAGCAGCUUCCAGUCCGAGCUGGAUGAAGAUGAAAUCUCAGUCUCAGAGGAUUUGGAACCGCAGAGCUCGCUCACCCUCUCCUCUACCAUGCGCUCGUCCGACAGACAGACCAUGAGCAACGUGGUGGAGCGAGCGUGUUGUCGAGACUACCAGCGCCUGGGUCUGGGCACGCUCAGCAACAGCCUGACACGUUCCAAGAACGAGCCCUUCAGGAUUUCGACUGUUAACCGCAUGUACACCGUCUGCAGGAGCUACCCCGGCCUGCUGAUAGUGCCUCAGAGUAUCCCGGACACAACCAUCCAGAGAAUCUGCCGCUGCUACCGUCAGAACCGCUUCCCAGUGGUUUGCUGGAGGAAUUCAAGAACCAAGGCCGUCCUGCUUCGCUCCGCAGGCCUCCACGCUAAGGGGGUGGCGGGCUUCUUCAAGUCCCCCAACACCCCCAGUACAGCUCCCUCCCAGGCAGAGUCCACCAGUCUGGAGCAGGAGAAAUACCUGCAGGCCAUCAUCAGCUCCAUGCCUUCAUACAGUGAGAACAGCGGCAGGAACACACUCAGCGGAUUCACCUCCACACAUAUGAGCACGUCAGACUCCUCAGAUAAGCUGCGGCCGCCUAAGAUCGGCGCCCUGAUGAAACAGGUGAUGGGAACCAAGGAGGAUGUUCCUGGAACCUUCAGCAGAGGAGCUCUGGGUCAAAGGGCGAAAGUCAUCUCCCUCUCUCAGCCCAAAGUGUCUGUUAAGGCCAGGAAUCCUGCUAGAGGUAAAUGGGGCAGUAUCCGAGGCAGCGGGCGUCUUAGUGCCUAUAACCCAGACGUGGGGACGCGUCUGGCUGGGAAAGAGUCUCUGCAGGCCAAUGGAGGCCCAAGCGAAGCGUUGUUCCUCCGCCAGCAGAAGGCCUACCUCUACAUCAUCGGAGACAAGUCCCAGCUCAAGGGAGGGAAGCAGGACUCGUUCCAGCAGUGGGAGGUGGUUCCCAUCGAGGUGUGUGACGUGCGGCAGGUGAAGAACAGCUUUAAGAAGUUGAUGAAGGCCUGCGUGCCGAGCUCCCAGACCUCUGACCCCAACAUGAGCUUCCUGCGGUGCCUGGAGGAGUCUGAGUGGAUGGCUCUGUUACACAGGGUGCUGCAGGUGUCCGUCCUUGUGGUGGAGCUCCUCGAUACGGGCUCAUCGGUCAUGGUCAGCUUGGAGGACGGCUGGGACGUAACCACACAGGUGGUGUCCCUGGUGCAGCUGCUGUCCGAUCCCUACUACAGAACCUUUGAUGGCUUCCGGCUGCUGGUGGAGAAGGAGUGGCUCUCAUUCGGCCACAAGUUCAGCCAGCGUGGAGCUCAGACGCUGAGCAGCCAGAGCAGCGGCUUCACCCCCGUGUUCCUGCAGUUCCUGGACUGCGUGCACCAGAUCCACCUCCAGUUCCCCAUGGAGUUUGAGUUCAGUCAGUACUACCUGAAGUUCUUGGCCUACCACUACGUGUCCAACCGCUUCCGCACCUUCCUGCUCGACUCAGACUACGAACGCAUCGAGCUGGGAGUCCUUUAUGAGGAGAAAGGUGGAGAGAGGAGAAGCCCUCAGGUGUGUAAAUCUGUGUGGGACUACAUCGACAGACUCAACAAGAAAACACCCGUCUUCUUCAACUACAUGUUCUGCCCUGAGGAUGACGAGGUUCUGCGGCCGUACACCUUCAUCUCCAACCUGAAGGUGUGGGACUUCUACAUGGAGGAGACCCUGUCGGAGGGGCCGUCCUACGACUGGGAGGCAAGGGUCCGGCAGGAGCGCGCGGCAGAGGAGACGCCGGAGAAGCCCGACACCAGCGGGCCCAAGUCGCAGCGGCACAUCGUGUGGCCGUGCUACGACGGCCUAAGUAAGGUGGUGCCCGACGCCAUCACCAAGCUGCUGCAGGACCUGCAGAGUCUGGAGGCGGAGCUCGGCCAAACGUCAGAUAAGUGGAAGGACACGUGGGAUAAAAUCAAGACCACGCAGAGGGCGGAGACCAAACUGGAGAGCAAGCCGUCGUUCUCCAGCUCCCUGCUGAUGUCGUCCAACCUGAGCCACCAGCGGCGUUCUCAAGGCGUCUACCUGCAGGAGAGCGCGGGGUCUUCCAUCAACCUGGCCAUGGACUGCGAGGCCAGCGCCACCUCCACGCCUGUCGCCGGUCGGCCGAGCACCAGCACCCUCUACAGCCAGUUCCAGAGCACGGAGAGCGAGAACAGGAGUUAUGAAGGCAUUUUGUUCAAGAAAGGGGCAUUGUUGAAACCCUGGAAACCACGGUGGUUUGUCCUGGACAAGACUAAACAUCAGCUGAGAUACUACGAGAGCAGGCAGGACAAGGAGUGCAAAGGCAUGAUCGAGCUGGCGGAGGUGGAGUCUGUCAUUCCCGGGACACCGACCAUGGGAGCGCCGAAAAACAUAGACGAGAAGGCCUUCUUUGAUAUCAAGACGACCAAACGAGUGUAUAACUUCUGUGCCCAGGACAGCCUGAACGCACAGCUGUGGAUGGACAGUGUUCAGAGUUGCUUGUCGGACGCCUAGAGCAUAGGGUGGACUCUUUAAACGAGCAAUGCACCUGGGACCGAAUGAGCAGCGCUGCGGCGCCGGGCGGACGUCGCUCUGCUUUCACCACUUAAGCUCUGUUCUGUUCGCUAGUGUUGAACUAAUAACCUCGCGUCACAACGUUUCAGUGUUUUUGUUAUAAAAAAAAAUAUGAGAAAAAUGAAAAAAAAUAUAAAACAACCCAGAAGAACCACUUGUUGUCAUCUCAACGAGUAGCUGCAGCCUGGCACCUCCCUGACCGUCUGACCACUAUGUGCGCUGGAUGUCUGUGUGUGCACAAAGGAGCAGCAUGAUGAUGUUUCCAGACCCGCCACCUUUAAACCACAACCUCUCCCUCCUACUAACCCUGCGCACCCUUUAAAAACACUCCGGGGGAGGAAUGAUGGAGCAGCAGCAGCGGCAGCGGCCGCCCAUCACACGACCGGUGAGGCCGCUCAGGAGAAGUGUGGAAGAUUGACUGACGGGUUGACGGACCAAAAGUAACCCAGAGGAACAAAGGCUCUUUUCUUCCGGUCCUCAGAGGCCUGUGCUCUCUCUUUCUCUCUGCCUCACACUGCCUGAUGUAGCCGAUGUACGUACAAAUCGUAGAGAAGGGGACUGUGUCAAAGCUGCUGCAAGGGGGGGGAAGGAGAGGGAGGACACCUCAACAGAUCAUGAAGGAUUUUCCUUUUUUUUUUCUUUUCUUAAUUUUUUCUUUUCUAAAAUCCAAAAUUUGUACCGGAGCGACGUGGAUGCUCGUCCUCGGCAGACGCCGGUGACGUUAUACUGUGAAAGCCAUGAAUCAGUCGUAGAGAACAAAACCAGUGGAGCCAGCGGGAGAUUAGAAUCAGUCAGGUAUCGUGUCGGUGAACUUUUCCCUCCGAGUGUUUACAAAAUCCACUUCCCAUCACUUGUUUUCUCCUUUCUCUUUUUUGUUGACCACUAACAACAUUCAGAUUUCCAAGGAUGCAGAAGGAAACAUUUAUUUUGAAGUGAUGUCUUUAAAUGUGAGAGGGAUCAGGAAGGAACUCAAGAACAGAGUGAUAUUAUGGGAUGCUCCACAGAGUUAUUGCAGAUUUCAAAGAUGGACACUGACUGUCCUUUUCUGAGAGGAUAUUUGUUACAGGGAAAUGGUGACAUUUUUUAAACCCGAGUCUUAUUCUCAUUAUUUUGAAAUGCUAUCAGUUUGCAGAUGUUUGAAAACGUUACAGCAAACAACAAAGUAUUUUAUAGUGACAUUAAAUCAUUUUUUAUUAAAAAGCAGAAAUUCUUUCAAAGCCUGUCAAAAGUUAUUAGCCUGAGAUUAGCAACUAUAGCUAACUGGUUAGCUUUAAUAGCCGGGACACACUUCCGGCUUAAUAAGCACUAGCUGUUUGGUAAGCUUAGUUAGUAUGCUACCUGUUUAUCUGGAGCAAGAUUGUACUUCAACUAAAGUUAAUAAAUAUGACAAAAUUGUUCCUAAAGGAUUUAAUUGUUUUCUUGAAUUUACUUAAAAGCAAAUGAAGGAAAUAAACCUUAUUUGUUAAUUUAGCAUGUACACACCAAAUCAGUCAUUUUAAUAUUAAUGCCUGAAUGAACAGGUGGCGAGUUGAGUCAGUCAGCGACCACAGUAAAUCCAUGACGCUAACUUCAGUGUUUACUUUUCUUUUGGAGACGAGCGUAUGAAAUUAUUUCUGUGAAAUUUUUAAGUGGGGAAAUUUUGGUUUAUCAGACGGUCUAAAUUUUGACAGUUUGAUGUGGUGAGUGCAAAGUUGAGCAUGCAAGUAUGAGAAGAAGACCUCGGAGGAAAGAUCCCCUCAUUUCCCUUUAAUGAUGUUGAGACGUGGAGAGUCGGGCUCCAUCCCCGUCUGUGGGGCAAACUAUGAGUGUGACUCGGUUACAUCAUCGGUUCACCCGCUUGACGCCGGUGUUUCACCUCAGCGCCCCCUACCCUUCAGUGCUGGGACUUGUACAUAGACGAGUUUACAUCAGUUAGUUUGUAGAGAAAAUUGAACGUUUAGCUGGAAGCUUCCGAACAUCAUGUCACUUAUUUUGUAUUUUUUACUUUGUCAGCCUGCCCCCCACCCUCUUACACCUUUAGCCACCCUCCUCCUCCUCACACACACACACACACCAACCACUCACACCCACCGUUGUUAACACAAACCCUGCUCAGUAAAAUAUGGUUCUACUGCUGUCUUGUUGAACAUAAAAAUUGAAAUUGUAGAUUUUUUUUUGGUGUGUGUCUAAUAACUCCUUUGUAUAUACUACUCCAGAUUUGUAUGUAACGUUUAUGGUAGUAAUUUAUUUAACUUGUCUCCUCAGUAAGAAAGUUCCUGAAGCACCACUUUAUUUUUAAAUUAGGAAUUCAAUGUGCCAUUUGUUUAUUUCUGUAUUAAUGUGACUAAUGUUUUUUUUUUUUUUUAGAUAAUGUACAAGUAAAUCCUCAUUGUAUUAUAAUUUUUUUUUUUUAAACACGGUUGUCCUUACUCACUACCAAGCGUCCGUGCAGGAGUGGAGAUGGUGUGAGAGAGAAAGUCUCUGGAGUGGUUUUUAAAGGCUGGUUGGAUUUGACUGUGUUGUUCUCUCACAGAGAAGGGAACUCUGGGUGUGGAUGACAGUCAGAUACAUCUGAACGGACACACGUCUGACCCCUGCUGGGCUCUGCAAAGUAUAACACGGUUGAGCAACAAAGUGUAACUGGAUUAUUUCUUGUCUUUUUUUGCUUGAAAAUAACUCCAACGGUUUUAAUUGCCAAGUUAAAUGAUCAUGUGAAGUUUCCCAAAAAUGCUGCUAAACCUCCUCCUGGGAACAAUUUAUACAAUUUAUUUCCGUGUUUGGUCAGGCAUCUGAGGGCAGAUUCACCAUGUUCUAACUCUUUACUGAAUUUCUAAUGUUAGCCAGUUUCAUAAAUAACAGAAGUGGUUCAUGUUCUAGUCACUAUUUCCUAAUCAUACCCGUCCCAUCGAUUUUAUUCAUAUUAGAAACCAGAUCUUUAGCCGAACCAAAAUCAUUUAAUCUGAUCAUAAAAACGAUUUUGCAGAUGUACCAGAGCAGCAGCCAGAACCAGUAUGUGUGAAGACGUCACGUUCUGACUGUCGUCUACAUCCAGUCUGACCCAGCUCAUUGUUUUCACUCUUGUUUACUCAUCUCUCCAUGGUAACAAGUCAACAGCUAAAUUAACCACAGCAAUAUGACAUAAUCCUUUUUUAUUUAUUUUGGUUCUUUUUUUUUUUUUUAAUUAGAAAUGACAUUCUGAGCCGGGUUAUGUUGUCAAUCGUGUCAAUAUAGUUUUUAGGAUCCAAAUAAAAACCGUGGGUUUAAAUGUCCAA